AAAGAAGAAGAAGAACAAAAAGAAGAAGAAGUAGAAACAGUAGGCCUACUCUAAAAAGCUCCGAGGUGUUAAGGACUGGGACGGCUGUCUUUAAAGUGUGUAUACCCGUCUGUGUGUGUGUGCAGUAUGUCGGCCUGCAGGCUGAUGAGAGCCAUCUCAGUGCGGGAGUUCGGGGCGCCGUCAGUCCUCAGGCUGACCGAGCUGCCCGUCCCUGAGCCCGGACCCGGACAGGUGUUGAUCCGUGUCCACGCCUGUGGAGUGAACCCUGUGGAAACCUACAUCCGGGCAGGGACAUACCCCCGUAAGCCCCCCCUGCCCUACACACCGGGGACAGACGUGGCCGGGGUGGUGGACAGUGUUGGAGAAGGAGUCACUGCAGUUAAGGCAGGAGAGCGCGUGUUCACCACAGCCACAGAGUCUGGAGGCUACGCAGAGUUCAGUGUAGCAGCGGAGCAGUGUGUCCACAGACUGCCCGACGCACUGCACUUCACCCAGGGUGCAGCCAUCGGGGUCCCUUACUUCACCGCCUACAGAGCUCUGGUUCACAAAGCUCACACCCAACCUGGAGAGACUGUCCUCAUCCACGGAGCCAGUGGGGGGGUUGGCGUGGCAGCGUGCCAGCUGUCCCGGGCUCUGGGUCUCAGGGUGUUGGGGACGGCAGGGACCCCGGAGGGGAUGAAGCUGGCCCUCAACAACGGCGCUCACCUGGCCUUUAAUCACAGAGAGGAGGGCUACACACACAAGAUCAUGGAAGCCACAGAGGGCCGAGGCGUGGAUGUGAUAUUAGAGAUGCUGUCCAAUGUGAACCUCAGUAAAGACCUGCAGAUGGUGGCCUAUGGAGGGCGAGUCACUGUGAUUGGCUGCAGAGGCUCCAUAGAGAUCAACCCCAGAGACACCAUGGCUAAAGAGAGCUGCAUCAUGGGAGUGGCUCUUUUCUUCGCUACACCGGCGGAGAGCCGGCAGUGUGCGGCGCUGCUGUCGGCGGGGGGGGAGGCUGGCUGGCUGCAGCCCGUCGUCGGCUCUCAGGUACCGCUGGACCAGGCCCCCCAGGCACACCAUGACAUCAUCCAGUGUCCCGGGGCUGCUGGGAAGAUCGUCCUGACCAUGUGAUGAGGAGACCACCAUAAAGAGGAGGGGCUUACUACAUCAAUGAUAUUAUCCGGUUACAUUACCUUUUGAAAUGAGAACUAAUGUCCUCAUUUAUCAUUACUGCCUCUUUGUAAAUCAUGAGCACUAGAAUAUGUGGAGGAUCACUGUUGAACUUUUUAAAACAUCAGCUAAUCAUUAAUGAUAACAUGACCUAAGAAUCAACAUUUCGUCAGAAAUGUGACUAUAUAAUAUAACAAUGAGGUUUUAAAGACUCUUGAGAAGAUGGAUACUAUGAAUAUGUAUUUUCAUGAAUAGUUUGACAAAUGAAGUGAAAAACACAUUUCUCUAUUUUCUUUUAUUUGCUGAUGUGAAAAAACAAUAUUGACAUUUACCAGUGGUGAAAUGUAAAGUAAAAUAAAGUAUUUUUACAAGGGAG